CUUCAUCUCAUCGUCACCUUUCCAACAUGAGGUGAAGCACCGUACCGGACACCAUGAAGCUAAUAUCUGUAUUGGAUUGGGGGCUCUACCUCCUCAUCCCAACCCUCAUCCUCCUUCACCUCGUUAUCGCCCCAUACACCAAGGUUGAGGAGUCUUUCAACAUCCAAGCCACCCACGAUGUCCUUGUGUACGGCACGCCACUUCAGAAUGCUCAUCACCGACUAUCUCAAACAUAUGACCAUUUCACCUUUCCUGGUGCCGUACCCCGAACCUUUGCUGGCCCUGUGGUCUUGGCCGGGCUCGGACAGCCCAUCGUCAACCUUGCCGGCUUUGACCAUGCCCAAACCAUUGUGAGGGGCAUGCUAGGCCUCGCUAAUGCGGCUGCUAUUCUUUUGUUUGCGCGGAAUUUUAGACGUGCCUAUGGACGCUCGGCAGCGAGGUGGUAUUUACUUUUGCAGGCCAGUCAGUUCCAUGUCAUUUUCUACGCGUCGAGGACUUUGCCGAAUAUGUUUGCUUUCGGUCUGACAACAACGGCCGCCGCUCUCCUCCUCCCGAACCCGCAGUCCCCGGAGCUCAUCCACCGCCGCCACCGCUCCGCCAUCUCGCUCCUCAUCAUGGCUGGCGUCAUCUUCCGCUCCGAAGUCGCGCUUCUCCUCUUCACCACCAUCUUCCACCUCCUCUUUGUCGUCCCCUCCACCUCUCUGGAGCGCAUAAUCCCGCACUUUAUCGUCGCCGUCAUCGUUUCCCUUAUCAUGACGGUGCCCUUGGAUUCUUACUUUUGGCAGAAACCGCUCUGGCCCGAACUGUGGGGCUUCUACUUCAACGCCGUGCAAGGCAACUCCAGCGAGUGGGGCACCUCUCCGUGGUGGUACUACUUUGUCUCGGCCAUCCCGAGACUGCUCGUCAAUCCGCUUACCUGGGGUUUGAUGAUCCCCGUGGCGUGGAAGCAGCCGGCUGUGAGACCAGCGGUGAAGGGACUGCUGGUGCCGAGUCUGUUGUUUGUGGCGAUCUACUCGCUGCAGCCGCACAAGGAAGCCAGGUUCAUCUUUUACGUGGUUCCUUCGCUUACUGGUGCUGCGGCCUUGGGGGCGGACUGGAUUGCUAGGAGGAGCAUCAAAGCGGGGAAGACGGCCGCUGUUUUGACGUGGGGAGUUUUACUUGUGUCGAUUGCGGUAUCCUUUGUGGCUAGCACGGGCAUGUUGCUGAUUUCAUCGCUCAACUACCCCGGCGGCGAAGCGCUCGCAUACUUGCGAGACACGGUCCAGGCGGAGGUUGCUGCGUCUAGUUCAUCCUCGGCUGUUGUGCCUGUUCAUGCCGAUGUCCUGUCUUGCAUGACGGGUGUCACGCUGUUUGGGACGGCUACGGGGUAUGCGUCGGCUGUUCCUAGCAAGGGCAAGAUUGUCAGGAAGAGUCCCGGGAACAGUGUGGUGCUUGCGCUGGACAAGACUGAGAACGAGUCUGUGCUUGUCCAAGAGGCAUUUUGGAAACGAUUCGACUAUGUUUUGGCUGAGGAUACUAAGAAGGUUAGAGGGGAUGACUGGGAGACGGUCGGUAUGGUCAAGGGAUAUGGUGGGAUUGAGGUGUCCCUGAAUGGCCACGCGGAGGAGGACAAGGUGCCAGAAGAUGUUCCCGUGGUCGGGAAAAGUGUUUCCGUUGAGCGAUGGAAGAACCGCGUAAAGGCAAUCACAGGAGGAAAAUGGGUUGGCCCGAGGAUGGUCCCACGGAUAUACAUCUUGAGGAGGGUCAAGGAUGCCAGGAGGGCCAGGGAAACGGUCGAUGUGUAGGUCUACUGUAGUAUGUAGCAUGUGUGUUGUCAACAAAACAGGAGUGAUAGUGUACUUGUAGGAUACGCGUAUUCCAUUACGCGGA